UCGUCGUCGUCGUCGCUGUCGUCGCCGAUAUUAUCAUCGUCGUUAUUGCCAUCGUGGUCGUCAUCGUCAUCAUCAUCGUCGUCGUCGUCAUCGUCGUCGUCGUCGUCGUCGUCGUCGUUGCCGCCGCCGUCGUCGUCGCGUUGAUAUUUUAUGCGAUAAUUUCGAGAUGAAGCCAUUCUUCAUACUAACGAUCGUCUGUCUAUUGACGGAGAUCGUUGAUUCCCGAGCCAUCGAAGAUGCUACCAGUGACAAUCAGCGUGGUAAACGACAACGUAGGUUCUCCGUCGAGGAGCUACUUACUGCCAAGUUCCCGCACGUUAUCACCGGAGAUUUGGACAUUGACAUCUGUAAGGCUGGGGGAUUUUUCGGCGACAUUGCACUGCCAAACAUCAGAUAUGACACAGAAUGGCGUGAACAAAAGUUAAACAAGAGCUACUUGGAAGAAUUAAAGAAAUACAGGGAAGAGAUAUUCAAGGAAGGUCUUCAGGUAGAAGAGGAAGGUCUCACGGAGAUUCUCCAAUUCAAAAGUGAACACGACAGCAACGAACAAGUAUUUGGUGAACAUGACAAGGUGCUCAUUCAAGAGAAGCCGAAGUCGAUCAUGGUAGACCACAACCAAUAUAACACGGAUGGCCAGUCUGCCGAUGGUUUCAGCUUUAAUACCAGGAACGACGAUACUAAUCCUACAGUGAAAGACGAGGGCUUUAAGUUCAGAUUAGAAUCCUCGACGCGAGUCUCGAAGAAGAGGCAUCAACGACCAACUCGUCAGCAGUUUCCGAAAAUGAUGUCAAACUCGGAGACAACCAGGUCGAGACAAUCGAUCGAUGAUACGUCUCUUGAUUCUCCAACAACUACAGAUUUUACUACCGGCGCUAGUCCAUAUACAGACUUUGUAUAUAAGGACGGCAUGAAAGAGGCAUUGACCAUGCAACCUAAAACGAGUACGCCAGAGCUAUCGAGCCGACGGCAUCAUCACGGUAGCCGAUGUCAUCAUCGCCGAAGAACCAUACGGAGGAAUUCUCAUCGUCAUUGCCAUCGUCGGACGGAUGAUUUUGUCAACGAUGCGUCGGAUGAAGUUGUUUCCGUACACGAUCGACGUCUUCGCUCGAUUGAAUUCUACAAUAUGGAACAGAAGCCAAAAUACGUAGCGAUCAAACGCAGCACGACGAGACACACGCUUUUAAGCAGAGCACGUCGCGCGGCUACCGCGAGGAAGGAACGAGUAUGGGAUCACGGUGUGAUCCCUUACGAAAUCGAUGGAAAUUUCUCCGGCGCUCACAAAGCCCUGUUUAAGCAAGCGAUGAGACACUGGGAAAAUUUUACUUGCGUCAAAUUUGUUGAAAGGAUGCCCAGAGAGCAUCCCAAUUACAUCCUGUUUACGGAAAGACCUUGUGGAUGUUGCUCCUUUGUGGGAAAGAGAGGUAACGGACCGCAGGCUAUUAGCAUCGGGAAGAAUUGCGACAAGUUUGGCAUAGUAGUGCACGAAUUGGGUCACGUUGUUGGAUUUUGGCACGAACACACUCGACCCGAUCGCGAUCGCCACGUACAAAUCAUUCGCGAUAACAUUAUGAGCGGUCAGGAGUACAAUUUUAACAAGUUGACGGAAGAAGAAGUGAACUCGCUCGGCUUACCUUACGACUACGACUCUAUUAUGCAUUAUGCAAAGAAUACCUUCUCAAAAGGUACUUACCUGGACACAAUUCUACCUAUGGAAAUCCAUGGAAAGAAGAGACCCGAGAUUGGACAGAGAAUCCGAUUGAGCGAGGGCGACAUUGCGCAAACGAAUCUCUUGUACAAAUGUCACAAAUGCGGUAGAACUUUCCAGGAGAACAGCGGUAGCUUUGGUUCACCGAACCACCCGAACAAUUCUCCAUCUAUGGACGGAGAACGAUGCGAAUGGAGGAUCACGGCGACGCACGGGGAACGCAUCGUGCUGAACAUCACGUCUCUCGACAUAUUCAAGAGCGACUACUGCCGCAGCGAUUACCUCGAGAUCCGAGACGGAUACUGGUUCAAAAGCCACGUAUUAGGUCGGUAUUGCGGCAGUGGCAAGAUAAAGGAGCUAGUAGUGUCGACCGGAAGUCGUAUGUUGGUAACGUACGUGACGUCUAGUCGACAAAACGGUCAUCGUGGUUUCACAGCGAGUUACGAGGCUGUUUGCGGCGGCAAUGUCGAGUUUGACGGCGUAGGUCAUCUGGAAUCACCAAAUUAUCCAGAGGAAUAUCAGUCCAGCAAAGAGUGCGUGUGGAAACUGUCCGUGCCUCUUGACUUUCAAGUGGCCUUGAAGUUUCAGUCUUUCGAGAUCGAGAACCACGACAACUGCGUAUACGACUAUGUCGAAGUGCGCGACGGGCAUAACGAGGAUUCCGCCUUGAUCGGCGUUUAUUGCGGAUACAAGAUACCGCCGGAUAUCAAGUCGACGGGGAAUCAAUUGUUCGUCAAGUUCGUCAGCGAUGGUUCCGUACAAAAGGCUGGUUUCUCGGCGACUUUUAUGAAAGAAUACGACGAGUGCAAGAUGACAGACCACGGUUGCGAACACGAUUGUAUCAAUACGCUGGGUGGGUACGAGUGUUCUUGCAAAGUCGGUUUCGAGUUGCAUUCUGACGGGAAACACUGCGAAGAUGCCUGCGGUGGAUUUUUUGACGAUAAUAACGGCACCAUUACGAGCCCGUCGUUUCCCGAGUCAUAUCCAGGAAAUAAGAAUUGUAUCUGGGAAAUUAUCGCUCCACCUCAAUAUCGCAUCACUUUGAAUUUCACACAUUUCGACUUAGAGGGCAACAAUAUGUACCAAGAAGAAUGCGAAUACGAUUCAGUGGAAGUGGUGAGCAAACUCGGUGACGACGUUUACAGAAAGCACGGAAUAUUUUGUGGCGCUCGAUUACCACCACUGAUUACAUCCGAAGGCAAUUUUAUGAGAAUCACCUUUACAUCCGACAACAGUGUACAAAAAUCGGGCUUUGCUGCUGUAUUCUUCACGGACAUGGACGAAUGCGCCAAUAAUAACGGAGGGUGUCAGCAUGAAUGCAAAAAUACGAUAGGUUCCUACCAGUGUUCAUGCCACAAUGGUUUCACGCUCCACGAAAACGGUCACGAUUGCAAAGAGGGUGGUUGCAAGUACGAAAUCACCGCGCCUAUGGGAACGAUCACUUCGCCGAACUAUCCGGAUUACUAUCCUGGCCGUAAGGAUUGCGUCUGGCAUUUCACCACGAAGCCGGGCCAUCGAAUAAAAUUGGUUUUUAGAGUUUUCGAGAUGGAGCCACAUCAGGAAUGCGCGUACGAUCACAUUGCGAUUUACGAUGGAGAUUCGCCGGACAGCAUUACCUUGGGCAGAUUUUGCGGUACCAAGGAACCACACCCGAUCCUCGCGACGGCCAAUCAAAUGUACAUGGUUUUCAAAAGCGAUGCUUCCGUACAGAGGAAGGGAUUUCUCGCGACUCAUAGCACAGCUUGCGGCGGUCAUCUUAUGGCGACGGAUCGAGUGAAGCAUUUGUAUUCUCAUCCGAAAUACGGUUAUCACAAUUAUGAUCACAGAACCGACUGUGACUGGGCGAUAGAGGCGCCACUCGGCAAAAACGUUCACCUGACUUUUCUCUCAUUCCAUCUCGAAUACGAAAGCGAAUGCGGAUACGAUUUUGUCGAGGUCUUUUCCGGUUUAGAUGCGUCCAGUCCACCUUACGGACGGUACUGCGGCAAUUCCAACACCACUAGCUUCGUAUCGAUGAACGAGGCGCUGCUGAUACGAUUCAGAACGGACGAUACGAUCGCGAGCAAAGGCUUCGUGGCGAUUUUUCUAGCGGUUGAUCGGCAGGAGAGCGAGGAGAAUCUUGGCGGGGAGGACGGCGAGGAAGAUUCGAGGAAUCUUUGAUCUCUGGUCAAGUCCGCGAACAGAUUGGAUUAUGAUCAUCGAAGGGAUUAUCAUCGCGAAGGUAUAACACCCGCGCGGCAAUACGGCAACGUUACGACGCGUAUUCUUUAAGUUGUGUAAGUAAGAUGUAAUUUUUACAUAUCGGGGGUAGCAAGUUAGUUGGACGCUUCGAUCAGGAUAACGUGUCUUUGUAAUCGUAUAUCGUAUAUCGUAUAUUGAUUGAACACGACACCAAGUACGAUCGGAGAAGCAUAGCUCGUAACAUAGGAGAUCAGUACAAUCGUACAAUCUCCCUUUCAUCGGAAUCGCUAUCACUAUCAACGGUGAUGAUUAAUGUUACUUAUACGACUAUUCGUCAAGAAAAUAAAAUAUUUCGUAAGAUACAAAAUAUUUGGCCUAUCGCGAAACAUGUAUGUGCCAUGUAGUUAGGGUGUAAUGUAUCGAUCGAUCGAUGGUGUACUCGAUGUCGGUCGAAGCGAAAAUUUAUUCAAAAAAAGAAAAGAAUCAUAAACAACGUCAUAUCGACACUCCCACGGCGAGUUAGCAAUAUACGCAUACAUAUUGAUUAUUAUAUGUACAAAAUAUUAGGUUAUUGACAUUGUAAUCGGCAAUAGAAAGGAAUAGAUAUCAAUCUAUAACCCAUUGAUACCUCGCUCUCAUAAGAAACAGGCACUGCCGAGGUGACAGUAAUAUUAAAGUAUAACUCUACUACACGUUACGAUGGAGAGAUUACACAUGUAAAAGAAACAGAAAUCAACGUAAGGAUGUCAGACGAUCAAAGUAUUUUAUAAUACCAUACAUACAUUGCUGGUCUACGAUGCUGAUUUGUAUUAUCGUGAUAAUGUGUAUAUACGUUUCGUGUGCAGCACGUAUUCGCUCGCCAGCGUACUUUACGGAUAUGAGUUUCCGGUGUCCACAAGUGGAAGCAUUGUCUCGAAGGAGAUGCGACAGUCAACAGUGCUUUGUAGAUAUUUCGUUGUGUUUUCCGAUAUUACAAUAUCGAAAUUUAACGCGUAUAAAAUGUAUGAUAUCAUGGUGGUGGUGGUGUGUGUGUGUGUGUGUGUGUGUGUGUGUGUG